AUGACGGAGGCGCGGAAGAUCGUCAUCGCCAAGAGUUUCGAGGGAGAGCCGAAAGUAACCGACUUCAGGGUCGAGACGGAACGACUGCCAGCUCUGCAGGAUGGACAGAUGUUGUGUGAGACGAGGUAUAUCAGCGUGGACCCCUACCAGCGGGAGGCUGAGGAAAAUCCAUCUGCUGCCAGGGCUGUGGACCUCACACCGACGGUUCCUAGUUGGCUGCUGGAAACGUCCGCACAAGGACAAAGCCAAGUUGACGACGCUCACCUCACCGACGCGCCCUCUGGUGAUUUUGUCGCCAAGACAUCGGAUGAAGUCAUGCGUCGCCUAACGUGCCACACCUCCAGCUUGCUCACACGCAUCGUGGAGAGCCGCGCACCAGGGUACGCGGCAGGACAAUAUGUGGUCGGCUUCUGGGGCUGGCGCGACCGCACGGUGGUUACCUUGGCAGACACCGGCAGCGACAUCCUGCCGCCGAUGCUGGUGCCGGACUACGGGGACCUACCCAUGUCGCUAUCGCUGGGGGUGUUUGGCAUGCCAGGAGCCACCGCCUACUUCGGACUGCUCGACAUCUGCGACCCUAAGCCUGGAGAGACCCUGGUCGUCAGUGGCGCAGCAGGCGCUGUAGGGUCCAUAGUCGGGCAGAUAGCUCGCAUCAAGGGCUGCAGGGUCAUCGGCAUCGCUGGCUCCGACGCAAAGGUGAAUUGGCUGAAGGAGGAGCUGGGUUUCGACGAGGCGAUCAACUACAAGACGUCGGACGUGGAGAAGGCGGUAGCGGCGGCAGCGCCCUCCGGCGUCGACGCUUACUUCGACAACGUGGGCGGCGCCCUGAGCCAAGCCGUGCUGAGCAACGUGCGGCCCCGAGGCCGGGUCUGCCUCUGCGGCAGCAUCUCGACGUACAACCAGGAGAGCGUCCCCACGGCGCCCGUAGCCGUGUCGCAGGUGCAGGACCGCCAGCUCAGGAUGGAGUGGAUCAAGAUGAGCUCCCGGUGGGGACGCCGGGACGGCGCCUUCGCGGAGAUGGCACAGUGGAUCAGGGAGGGCAAGCUCAAGUACAGGGAGACGGUGACCGACGGGUUCGAGAAGACGCAGCAGGCCUUCGUCGGUCUGAUGAAGGGGGAGAACUUUGGCAAGGCGGUCGUUAAAGUGUGA